AUGCUAUGUAAUUUUUUUCAAACUAUUGUAGAAAAUGAUAUAACUAAAAAUAUAUUUGGUGAUAAAACUUAUUUUAUAACCCAUGUUCUAUUAGUUGGUCUUUAUAUUUGGUUUUUAUUUUAUUCUUUAUAUACCUAUUUAAAAGAAAAAAAAUGUUUUAGAAGAAUUACUAUUGCAAUUUAUUGGCCUUUACUAUUAGGGAAUGUGUGUAGGAUUGUAUCAUUUUCUUUAUUCAUUUUAUAUAAAGAAGAAAUAUUACCAAAUUCAAAAUAUCUUGGGAAUUUUUUAUUUGGAUUAUACAUCUUACCUGCUUUACUAUUCUUAACUUUCUUUUCAAGUAUUUCUUUAUUAUUAUUAAAAAUUUAUAAAAGGGUAAAAUCAAAUAAUAAAGAAGUUACUCAAUAUAAAACAAUUAUAAAAAUGUUAAAUUUAAUUAUUUAUACAGUUAUGUUAAUAAUGGUAAUUCUUGAAUUUACCUUAUCACCAAAUGAAAAAGCUUCAGUUGAUAUACCAGAUUCUCCAGCACAAGUAAUUAUUCAAAUGUUUAUUGCAUUUAUUUAUUUAUUUGCAAGUUCAGUUUCAAUAAUUAAUAUAAUAUUAUUAUACAAUAAUCAAUCAAUAAAUUAUGAUGGUAGUUUUGAUGCAAAUGCAACAACAGAAUUUAAAAAGAAAUAUUAUAAAAUAGCAUUUAUUGGUUGUUGUUGUUUUUUGACACGUUCAAUUAUAACAACAAUUACAGUUUUUAAAUUAAUUGAUCCAUUUGGUAUAAAAGAUAUUAUAUAUUAUCCAGUUUUAGAAAUUAUUCCAAUUUUAUUACUUUUAAAUAUUACAAAUGGACUUCAUAAGUAUGCUGGAACUUUAGGUGAAAUUAAUGAAGAAACUGGACUUUUGAAAAACAAAUUAUAA